GGAAACGUGUCUUGUUCAUUUCUCAUGAAACUUUCUGAACAGGCUACUUCACCUGUAUGAAACAUGGAGAUAUAUGCCAAAGAUAUAAAGAAACCCAAGCCAGCGUUGUUUUGUAACCUAAAGAUCUUUGUGUUGUGUCAUGGCCUGCUCCAGCUCACUCAGCUCUUGUACAGCUCUUACUUCAAAAGCACCAUCACCACAAUAGAGAUACGCUUUGGCCUGGAUAGCCUUUCCUCAGGAACCAUUUCUUCCCUCCACGAGGUAGGAAACACAGUGUUGAUAGCGUUUGUCAGUUACUUGGGUAGUCGGGUUCAUCGACCUCGCUUCAUUGGACUGGGUGGCCUGCUAAUGUCAAUUAGUGCCCUGAUCCUAGCUCUACCUCACUUCCUGUCUCAGCCCUACACCUUUGACUCUGUUCUACAUGCAAAAAGACAGGACAUGUGUUAUUUGCAUGCAAAUGCAACAGGUGCUGAGGUUUGUGGUCAGGAGGAUACCCGGAAGCUUGUGGACACCAGUAAAUUUUGGGUAUUAAUGGCUACGGCCCAGCUGCUGUUUGGAAUCGGUUCUGUUCCUAUCCAGCCUUUUGGCAUCUCUUACAUAGAUGACUUUGCAGGGCCUGAAAAUUCUCCUCUCUAUAUUGCUAUUCUCUUUGCUGUGUCAGUGUUUGGACCUUCUUUUGGAUACCUCCUGGGCUCUGUGGUUCUGCGGAUUUAUGUGGACGUGGACAGAGCCGAUUCUAGGGAGGCAUUGGAGUUAACCCCUACUGACCCUCGCUGGGUUGGCGCAUGGUGGAUGGGUCUGCUCAUCACUGCUGGAGGUCUCGCUCUCACCUCCAUCCCAUACUUCUUCUUUCCUAAAACCCUUCAUGUGGAGAAGUCCUUCAAACUGGAGGGUGAGAUCAUGAAGGAUGACCACAAGAAAUCACAAGAGAGCUCCAUGCUGGAUUUCUUUAAAAUGUUCCCGAAGAUGUUCGUUAAGUUGUUGCUAAGUCCUCUCUUCUUGCUGCUGGUUCUGACCCAGUGCUGCUUCUCCUCUGUGAUCGCUGGACUCGCCACCUUCCUCAACAAGUUCCUGGAGCGCCAGUACAGUGCCUCUGCUGCCUACAGCAGCCUUCUUAUAGGUGCUUUAAAUCUGCCAUCCGUUGCCGUGGGGAUGGUGCUUGGGGGUUUGAUUAUGAAGCGCUGGGGAUUGUCCUUCAGAGUCAUUCCACGCUUCUCUGUCAUAAUGCUCACCAUCUCUAUCUUUUUCUGUGUGCCACUCUUCUUCAUGGGCUGCCCCACACAAGAUGUUGCUGGUGUUUAUCCCAAAAAAUCUAAUGCCACUAAUGGGCUGCUCCUGUCCUGUAGUGCCAAUUGCUCCUGCCCCACCAGUGCCUUUAACCCAGUGUGUGGGGAAAACAACAUUGAAUACAUCUCACCCUGCCAUGCUGGGUGCACGAACUUCACCAUGGAUCCCAAGAACCCAUACAGAGUCCAGGUUUUUAGUAACUGCCACUGCAUUCCUAUUAUGGGCACUGCCAAGCCUGGCCCUUGUGCCAACACAUGCCCCCACUUUCUCCUGCCUGUAAUGUUCCUCAUCUCUCUGGCUGGGCUUAUUGCAAGCUUAACACACAAUCCUAUCUACAUGAUGGUGCUACGAGUAGUUCCUCCAGAAGAGAAGUCUUUUGCCAUUGGUAUCCAAUUUCUGCUACUCAGGGUUCUGACUUGGUUGCCAGCCCCGGCUCUAUUCGGAAUGACCAUAGACUCCACAUGUAUAUGGUGGAAAACUGCUUGUGGGAAAAAGCAAGGCUGUGGUUACUAUGACAACAACCUCCUUAGAAACAGGUAUCUAGGACUUCAGGUGGGCUAUAAGAUAGUAGGCAUUACACUUAUGGCAUUUAUUGGCUGGAAAAUGCAUCGGACCAGAGAGUACAGCUUAGAGAAAAAGCUUGAGGAACCUCUGUGAUGCCUCAACCCUGCUUAGCCCACCGGCUUUAACUUUUGAGGACCUCCUCAGUGAGUUGAGCCCUUGGAUGUCUUUCAUCAGAAACCUCUCAUUCCAGCACCUGGCUGGAAAUGUCAUGAAUUCAGUUUGGAUAUUUCUCAAGUUGUACAAUGAGUGACAGCUUGGGUAUUAAUUCCCCCCUACAAGAACGGACCCUAACUGGAUAGAUUCAGGGACAUGGUGCCAGCUUGCCACCUCAUCCACAUUUAUUUUGGUGAAAAAAGAGAGCAAUGCACAGAGUUCAAAAACUGUAAUGCUCUCUGGACAUUCAUCCAAACUUUAGCAACAGUUUUCAUCUGCAGAUUACUGGAAAUAUGUGCUGCUGGAUUCACAAUUGUGGCACCACUAGGUAGGACACAAAACUAGGUUUCCAAACAAAACAUAAAAGAAAUGUUCAUUUACUGUUUUUUUUUUUUCUUUUUUUUUUUUUUUUAAUAUGCAAUUGAUAUAUGACAUUUUUAAAUAUAUAUAUUUGUAUUCUAUUUGAAGACUAUUUGAAGGAUGUAGGAUGUUCUGUAUACCAAAAUGCACACAUAUAAACCUGAGUGGUUCAAUCAGUUGUAAACUGUAGGGGUGUAAAUCAGACGUUUGAUCAGGAGACAAUCUUGAAUCAAUUCUCUUGGCCUGCGAUCCGGUAUUUGCCGAUACUUCAAAGUCUGCCGUGAUACGAUUCCAUUCCGGGGCCUGGAAUCGAUAUUCCGAUAUUAUGUGCCUAUUUUACACAAUCAAUUACAUGUUUUUUUUAUUAUUAUUUAUUUAUUUUUGCCCUCAAAUGCAACCAAAGUAUAAUUUGAUUAAUUUAUUCAGCUCUCUGUAUCCACAUUGGGACAUCCACAACAAAAUAAGGUAUUUUCAGAUGUUGAAAAACGUAUACAGAUGAUAAUACUAUAAAAAAUAAAGUCACACACAAGUGAUCAUCACUCGUUUGAUGACAGCUAAUUUUUGCAAUGCAUACGGAUGUGGCUGACAUGAGAGUAUUAAAAUAAAGGUACAUCUUAAAAAAAAUUCUAUAUCGAUAUUUCCGCGUUGUAGGCUAUCGAUAACAUUGGAUCGUGGGUCAUUGAAUCGAUGGAUCGUUACACCCCUAGUAACCUGUGUAUAUAUUUAAAAACUCACAAAGUGCGAGUUCAGAUGUGUAGCUUCUAAUAACAAUAGUAGACUGAUAUUUUAAUUGUUUCUUUCAAAUGUGAAGAAAUUUUGAAAAUAGGCAAAUGUUUGUAAAAUAUAUUUUUUAUAUAUAAUGUUACUGUUGUAUUAUACCAUUUAUGUAUAUUUUUUCUCACGUUUCUUAAUUCUAGUGACAAUGCUUUUCGUAUCGCUGCUUGGAGUAAUGAAUCGUGGCUUUCUGAAAACUCUGUACUAAGCUAAAUGUAAUAUGUAUUUACCAAUGUAUAAGUUAUUUCAGAAAUGAAAUUUGUUCAGGAA